AUGGGCUUUCCUAUCCAUUCUUACUUCCGAUAUUCUUGCCCUUUUUCUUAUUUCUGGCUACCACAGACUCUUAUUUCUGGCCACCACGGACCUUUACCUGCCAAAUCUUUGUUUUUAUUAUAUCCGGAACAUUUUCAACGAGAAACGAAUCUCGUUUUCACUACUAAUGGCGGAAAGGAGACGCUGUUUCGAGAAUGCACAUGCUGUCGACAAUUUAAAAAUGAAUAUUCAAUAAAUCAUUAUUUGUUGCACUUGAUAAACAAUCAGAUCACCAUGCCAACACUUAUUCUUCUUGAUGUAUCACUCUCUAUGAGUCGCCCUGUUAACAUGCAGGAAUGUUCAGAAGAAUACCAGCGGCGACAUCUUGCUAUCCAUGGAAUAAAUACUUUGUUGGAUUAUAUGGCAGCCAAUUGUAAACUGGAAUUUACUUCUCUGAUUGUGUUUUCCUACUUGUUUUUUUUAGCUGGUACCAUUUACACGAGAUCCUGA